GCCAGUCCGCAAUCCUCGAGCCUCAAGGCCUCCUGGCCUUUCAGCUCCAGACCCUGGAGCUGCCCGGCCUCCGAUUUCUCAAGGGAGGGAUAAAAUGAGUAAGAGGAAGAGGCUUCGGACUUCAGGAGAAGGAGUCCGUCCACCAAAACCCUCAAAGAACUCAAGACUCAGAGACUCUGACGGGCCCCCCCACAGUUUGGAGUUGGGCCCUUUGCAUCACCCUGAAGAAUCAGAAAGCAGGUCAGAACCUGCUCCCUCUGCAGAAGAGAGUGGGGAGGAGCCAGGACAGGUGGCCUCCAGCUCCCUGGAUAAGGAAGCAGGAGCUCCCUCCAGGCUCCUGGUGCAACCAGAAAAGGAGCCAAUUGCCUGUCCUCCUUCUCAGAUCUCAGUUGGGAGGUUUGUCCCCCAGUUCGCAAAACCCAGGAAAGCAGUGACAAGACUAGCAGCUACAAGGGAAGAGGACCUUGGGAGAGUGGCCUUUAGCUUGGAAACAGCACCAGAGCCCACCACCCAGCAGGCAGGAAGCCAGUUGUGGGAGGAGUCCCCAGGGCUCACUGUCUGGGAGGCCAGGGAGCCAGGAGGCCAGACCCAGGCAGAUGGCACCCGCUACAAGCACAACAUCCAAAACCCUGUGACACCUGUGUUCAGCAGAGGGGAUUCUCAGUCUGAGGUCUCCAAUGACGUUUCUCCAGAAUGUGGGAUGGUGCCCUUGGCCUCAGAGGGGGCCGGCCAGAACUACCUAUUGGAGCAAGGGACCAACUUGCCAGGUGGUGGAGGCACAGAGAGGGGUGGGAUUCCUGGUGAUCUCAGCCAGAAAGGGCAUCUACCAAGCUGUGGCGCUGAAGAGCAGGAGCCCGACCGAGGAGCCCCACAGGAGGAAGGUGCCCAAGGGGGAGCAGGGGGUGACCAGGGGAAAGGAGAGAGCGCCCUGGGCCUGGCCACUCGGGGCUCAGAGCCUGGAUCUGCAGCCCACGGCCCCUCUGAGCCCAUGCAGACACUUAGCAGGGUUGGCAGGGAAGCAGGAGGGAGCUGUAGCAGCCCAAGACACCCCUCCCUUAGGAUCAUUGUCAUCACAGAUGAGACCACAGAUCCCGCCAGGUCAGAACAGAGGGCUCUGGAGGUGGCUGAGCCAGGUGGGAAGCCUAACACCAAGGCACCUGCCUCUCCCAGCGGGAAGGCCCCUGAUGGCGACCAUAGUGGGGCCCUGCUUAGAGGUAUACCCCUCACGGGGGAGACCAUGGGAGGCAGAGGGGAGGCAGAGUGGGAAGCUGAGCCCCCUGGUGAUGUCCUGGAGGGCCCUGCAGCCUCCCUGGCUCUGGCUCAUGGGAUCCAAGAGCCCACAAUAGGUGCUAGAGAUUCCAGUCCUGUAGCCUCAGAAAUGGGCCCAGUUGUUGAUCAGACAGGCUGGGAUGAGGAACCCCUAGGAGGUGUGUGUGUGCUGCCUUUGCUAUCACAGCCUUCGGGUGAAAAAACACCAGAGUUAGGCAGCCAGAGUCAUGAACAAGACCUUGGGGGGCCCAGUCUGUCCUUGAGAGCCUCUGCUCCAUUGUUGCACAAAGAAGCAGUGGAUGGUCCUCCUUGGGAUGCCAGGGCCCAGCAGGGCAGGCCAGGGGCCCCCACAGGCCCGGCAGGCCAGCCCAAGCACCCUCCUGACUCUGCAGACCAGCCUGUGUUGGAGGGGUCCGCAGCCAUGGAACUCGACUUCCUGCCAGACAGCGAGAUACAGGAUGCCUUGGAGGCCACCGACUUUGAAGCCCCACCUGAGCAGUUUCCUGCAGGGGGCAUGGCAGGCCCUUGCUGGCCCGGCACCAGCCCAAGUACUGAUGGAGGCCCCCUCACCAAGGCCCAGCUAAGUGGCCACAAGGGGAUCAAACCCUGCGAAGCCAGCAGGAUGGAGGAUGCGACAGAUACUGUGCGUGGCCUCAUUGUUGAGCUCUCCAACCUAAACCGGCUGAUCAUGAAUGCCCACCGGGACCUGGAAGCAUUCAAGCGCCUAAGCUACAGGAAGGCGAAGCCUGCAGGGAAAGCCCCCACGCCCUACACAUCAAAGGGGGCUGGGACUCUCCCUCGAGGGGAGCAGUCCUGGAGUGAUUUGUAG